GAUAGAUAGACAGAUACUGUGGCAUCAUAGAGCAUAAAUGGAUUGGUGUUAUCAUAUCUCUGUCAGUCUAUUUAUCUAUCUAUCUAUAUAGAGGGAGAAAGAAUCAGCUGUUUUUUCGACCCCUCCUCUCUCCCCUCAUCCCUCACUAAUGUUACUAUCUUUGACAAGGCUGGCACACGCUUACACUGCACGCCUCACCACAUGCACAUAUGGAGAAAGCAACACACACACACACAAACACACUUACUCACACACACAUACUCACACAGACACACAUGCGCACCAAAGGCUAGCCCGAGGACAGCACGCGCUUGAGAGACAACCUCCUGACACACACACACAUUCACACACACUCAAGUGCAUUCUGUGGACUCAAUAUACCAACACAGAGGCGAGCCGAUCUGCUGGAAACCACAGAGAAUUGAAAGACUGGAGCUCACCUCCCCCUCCUCCUCCCCUCUCUCUCUCUCUCUCUCUCUCCCUCUCUCUCUCGCGCUCUCUAUGUGUCCUCCUCUCUCUCUGAGCAUUACAGCAAGGCAUUGCGCAGGAUUUAACUCCCCUCCUUCAUCUCCCUCUUCUUUAUUUUAAUCGUUUUUUUUUCCUUCCUCCAAUCCAUCUCUCCUUCUGUGGCAGCCGUUGCUCUUGGCAGCGGAAGGAUAUUUUCAUUUCCAUAUUGGAGCGUUACGAGAGCUGCUAUUCGCUCAUUUCUCCCACAACCGUGCGUGUGUGCGUGCGCGUGUGUGUGUGUGUGAGUGUGUGUGUGUGAGCUUGGGGGGGGACGCCAAGAAGGACGGCAUCUAAAGACGUCUGGUCACUGGCCUCGUAUCACUGCCUGUGGAGGCUGGCAUCAGGGCCAGCUGAUGCCACAGCAGAUCUGAGGCAGCUGCAGUCGUAGAAGCGCAGACAUGCAGCUCUGCACUGCACCUACAGUGGGUCGAAGGAGGAGAGGAAAUCCGGACAGCCAAGGUCUUCUAGGUGUGCUGAGUGUGUGUGCUACGUUGCUGCAGUUAUGCGCUGGCUGUCCUUCAGAAUGUGUGUGCAACUCACUGGAAGCUAACUGCAGUGGGAGGAGUCUAGUAUCUGUGCCCGCACUCACUUCUCUCCCGGAGGGCACACAUACCCUCUUUCUGGCCAAUAACCGCCUCUCCUCCCUGUCCGUCUCUACUUUUGCCAACCUGAGCACCCUGGAGACACUCGACCUGUCCAACAACUACCUGGACAACCUUCCUUCCAGACUGUUUCGUGAGCUGAGUAACCUGAGCGAUUUGAGUUUGCGUAAUAACAGCCUGACGGUUUUGGAUCGCGAGUUGUUUCGCGGCUUGACCCAUCUGCGGAAGCUGGAUCUGUCUCUGAAUGGGUUGGCCGCUGUGCCACUGGGCCUCCUAGAUGAGCUGCAACAGCUAACCUGGCUCUCCUUGGCUGGGAACAGACUUCACGCCCUGGAGAGAGCCACGUUUGAGCCUCUUGUCAACCUUCAGCACCUGGAGCUGGGCAUGAACCCCUGGGAGUGUGACUGCAACCUGAGAGACUUCAAACACUGGAUGGAGUGGCUAAUAUACAGAGGCGGUUAUGUCGAUGCUGUUGAGUGUACACUUCCGAAGGACUUAAGGGGCCGUGACAUCAGGGGCGUUCCUGUGGAGAUGUUCAACUACUGUCUGCAAUUGGAGGAUGAAAAUGGGGGCGGGACUGGGAGCACAAAAGGUGGAUCGCCACCAUGUUUUCGAGGAACAGCCGCUCCGUCAUCUGACAGUGCUGUAGUACGUACAGAGGCAGAGCUACCAGACUGUGUGAAGCAGCGCUAUCGGCCGGUCAGUGUUCGCAGGGCGAUCGGUACAGUAGUGAUCGCUGGUGUGGUUUGUGGAAUUGUUUGUAUCAUGAUGGUAGCUGCCGCAGCGUAUGGCUGCAUUUAUGCCUCUCUGAUGGCAAAAUACCAGCGAGAGCUAAAGAAGAGGCAGCCUUUGAUGGGUGACGCAGAGGCAGAAGCUGACCCAGAGGAGAAACAGAUCUCAUCAGUUGCAUAGGGGAAUGGGGGAGAGGGGUCAAAGUUCAGAGGUAUGCCACAAAUAUAAAGAAUCCUUUACUGAUUGAGCUGCACAUUUGGUGAUCCCUUAGCUGCCCAGCGGAGGAUUCGUCAUCCUUGUUUCCUGUUUCUCUGUCCUUCCUGAGACCCUCUCUGACUCUCAGAAUUACUCUUAACUCAAUCUCUAAACUUUGGCCUAUGACCUUUGACCUAUUUGCCCCAGGACAAGAGGGACCACUCAGCACUUUAAAACUCCCCCACCCUCCCCCAAUGUUGAGAGGAUCUCAGCAGAGGAGGUGUGGAUGCAACUGUUCACAGUUCUGAACCCUGACGUUUCUAGAGGAUCAUGUGCUGUCAUUAGCAUUAGCCUCUGUAGCAACCUAACCAUUAAACCAAACAUCCAAUCAUAACCCCAACCCCAAUCCAAGAACUUUACCUCUAAUCCCAACCCUUUGGAUACUAAUCAAAACCACCAAUCUAACCCUUACCCUUAAAUACUAAUCCCAACCCUUGCUAUAUACGCUCAUCUGACCAUUGAGGUAACACUCUGUCUACACCGGGUCCACACCACAUCAAAAACCAAUAACACUCAUUAUAAUCAAUGUUGCUUCUCGAUGCAUCAUACUGAGUCACAGACCGUAAACAGACGUCCUAAUUUCUGGUGUACUGUAUGUGCUUGUUCUACUUCUGACAAAAGGACAAAUUGAUUUGUAAUGUUAACUUUGUCUAGUUUACACAGCCUCAUGCAAUUUCAGCAUCUCCAUGCUCGGUGUAAACACUGUGUAAUCCUAAACCUCCAGCUCUUGUUUUAAACCUUUACCCAUCAACCACCAAUUUUAAUUCCAGUCAUGCCAUAUUAAUCCAUCACUAAUCUGAACCCCAACUCUAAACCUCCAACACUAAUCCCUCCAUUACCCUAACACUCCAUCAUUAAUCUAAUGCCCAACCUUAACUCAACACUAAUCCCUCCAUUAACCCCAACCCUUAACCGCAAACAUCAAUCCCUCCAUUACCCAAACAAUCCAUAACUAAUCUAACCUCCAACCUUUACACCUUGAACUAGUCCCUCCAUUACCCCAACACUCCAUCAGUAAUCUGAUCCUUCAACCUUUAACCUCAAACACCAUUGCCCUAACACUCCAUCACUAAUCUAACACCCAACCUUAACUCAACACUAAUCCCUCCAUUAUCCCCCAACCCUUAACCGCGAACAUCAAUCUCUCCAUUACCCUAACAAUCCAUAACUAAUCUAACCUCCAACCUUUACACCUUGAACUAGUCCCUCCAUUACCCCAACACCCCAUCAGUAAUCUGAACCUCCGACCUUUACCCCAACACUAUUGUCCUAACACUCCAUCACUAAUCUAAACCCAACCCUUAACCCCCAACACUAAUCUUUCCCUUACCCUCCAACACUCCAUCAAUAAUCUGAACUCUCAACACUAAAACCAACUUUUACCAUAACACUCCAUGACUAAUCUGAACCCCAGCUCUAAAUUUCCAACACUCACCCAAACCAUUUACCAUAACGCUCCAUAAAUGAUCUUCACCAUCAAUCCCAAACUUCCAACACUAAUCCCUAGCCUUACCAUAACCCCCCAUCACUAAUCUGAACCCUCAACCCUAAACCUCCCAACCCUACUACUAAUUCCUUUACUAAACUCUAACCAACUCUCACCUCCAAUCCUAACUGUAACCCUUAACCCUAUCCCAGUGUGAAAUGAACAACAUAUCCCCCGCAUAUCAUAUUUGGAAAUAUUCCCAUCUUAUUUAUCAGCUAUAAUAUAUUCUAUACAAUGUGACGUGACCCCAGAUUUCUGUUUUUAAGUGUGAGGUUUGUCCUCUGUAUUGUGUGAUAAUAAUUUGUGUUGAUAACAUUGUUUUGUUUGUUUACUGUUUGCUGUUUCCCCAUGUUCAUCUCUAGAGGUCAGACGUGUUUUUGUAAGAAUAGAAGAAUCCAGCCCUGGUGUCUAUCGUGAAGUGUCUUGAAGUAUCGUGAAGUGCUAAUGUAGAGCAGGUUGAGGACUCUGUUGAUGUUAGUGGAGGGUGGCAAAUUGUGGCUACUGGAAAUGUUAAUUACACCUUGGUGGUUAAAGAAGCACAGUGGUCCUAAAGAAUAGCUGCCCUCUUGACUAAAAACAGAAAGGCAAUAGCUGAGAAGGAAAUAAAUCUUAACUUUAUUAAGAUAGACUUUUCUGUGCAAUAUAAAUCAAUGUCUUUGUUGAUCUGUUGUUUAAUUCCGGACUAAGAUGUCAUAGCUGAUUUAGUCUGAUCCUUUCUCUUGGGCUGACGAUGAACGAGAAUUGAUUGCAUAUGUGCGAUCAAUUUUUGCUUGUGGACCAAUUUGCAUAAUCCGCUUUUCUUUGAGGGCAGAAGUUGUUUAGACUAAAUAAUUCAGAUAAAUUUGACUCAGGCUUUCAGAAGGCUACAGAUAUCAUCAAUAUAAGCUUUUCUGCCGCAUUCAGCCUCAACGACUGGACAUGAAAGGGAAAGAAAGACUGGCAGAAAUUUGCUGCACGCUCUUAAUGUGAACCGACAUAAUACUGAAAAUUUAGAACCAGAUUAUAAUGUUGCUAUUAAUGUCAAGAAUAACGUCAUCGUUGGGUGUUUUGCACAAUGCUGCCAUCUGUAGGAAGGAUGUGCAGUAGGCACAAGGGUGCGGAGCAAAUAUCACACCACCUCAUCAAGAUUUAGAGGAUGCUCUUCUGCUGUAACUAUAGCAACAAUCUUUCCCACACACUAUUCAUUACCAAUGCAAAUUACUGGUAAGGUUGCUGGCAAAAAGUUGUAAAUCCAAGUACAACUAAUUUGCGUUCUAAUACCGACACCAGCAGUUAAGCGUCUAGGACUUGUCUCUGUGUUCAGUGAUAUUUGCAGCCAUAUGCUGAGUAUAUAUAAGUACAGGUAUACAUUUAUUCAAGGGUAUGUUGAAUACAUGUAUAUAUUUUAAUCUGUGUCUUACAAAUUAUUUAUGAACAGUAUCUAGACUGCAAACCCUGAGAAUACCUUUUUUCCUUGUGUUUCCUGUGCAAAUUUCUUUCGCAGAGGAACUCCGAAAAUUCUCUGUGAGAGAAAACUCAUGAAUUAUUAAUAAGAGGAGUUUUGUCUAAUGGUUGCGGUCUUUCCUGCCGUUACUGUUCAAGUUAGCUCUUAUUUUAUACAGCAUGUGUCGUAGGCCUGUUCUCUGCACGGGGCGACAAUACACAUACCCUGUAUCCUCUAUUAUGAAAAAAAGCACUUUUGCCACUGAUGGACUAAUACUUUCCUGUCAAAUUGCACUUAUUGCGAAUAAUCUCAAAACUGAGCACAUGCUUGUUUAUUGAUGUCAGCAAUGCGCUUUAUCUGAAUCUAAGCCGACAGAGUAGUUGUGAUGUAAUGUCAGUGAAUAUGAAGGGCCAUUUAUAAACGAGCAGCAACUGCAGUGUGUUUACUCUGUAUUGGCCAUACAUAUAAGAGCAGGGACACCACACACAGUUCACUACACCUCCCCGCAAAGCAAAGGCUUUGUAAAUCCCAUUGGAUGGAUGAAAGGAAAGGAUUUGUCCAAUUGACUGAGCUGAAAGCAUCUUCAAAAUCUCUCCGAAGUUCUGAUUUAAUAUCUUAUAGCUUAUUGAUGUGACCCUUUCUUCACUUGACCUUUUUUCUAAGACUGAUAUGAGAUCCUUCUUUAUAUUUUCGCUUGAUAAAAAUCAGUUUGGAAUAUGAUUUGUGAGCUGUGAUAUAAUUCUGUGUUAAAAAUGAAUAAAGAAUGUAUUUCCGUAAA